AUGGACGGAGAUGCAACAGCUGUAAGCAAGUCCAAAGAGAAUACCAGACGAUUAAGCGUCGAUAUUGAGCAAGACGCCGAGCCCAAUGGACCACGAGCCCAUCACAACCCCGGGGACCCGAAUGUGGUGGACUGGGAAGGUCCCGACGAUCCUGAGAAUCCAAUGAAUUGGUCCACGAAGGAGAAAUGGCGCAAUGCGUCUAUGCUUGCUAUUAUGACACUCAUCACUCCCUUGGCUUCCUCAAUGUUUGCUCCUGGCGUUCCAGCAGUCCUGAAGGAAUUCAGAAGCACCAGCUCGAUUCUAGCCUCCAUGGUCGUCUCUGGCAUGUGGUUUCUUUGCUUUCUUCUGUACAUUCUAGGAUAUGCUGCUGGUCCGCUUUUCAUCGCACCUUUAUCAGAGAUGUACGGCCGUGCUCCAAUCUACCACAUCUCAAACGUUUUUUUCCUCAUUUUCACAAUUGGCUGUGCCGUCAGCAACAGCCUCAACAUGCUCAUUGUAUUUCGACUCCUCGCCGGCGUUGCAGGAUCGACAGUCAUAACGAUUGGUGGAGGCACAUUCGGCGACCUUUUCAGUGCAGCUGAGAGAGGUCCCGCGAUGGCUAUCUGGGCCAUGGGCCCUCUGCUUGGCCCUAUCAUCGGCCCCGUUGCUGGUGGGUUCCUUGCUGAAGCGGCCGGCUGGAGAUGGGUUUUCUGGGUCAUUACCAUUGCUGCAAGUCGAACUCCAACUCCUUUUCAACGCGCUGGACUUUUAACACUUGCAAUGUUUGCACUGAUGCGGGAAACUUAUUCCGUCAAAAUCCUGGAAAGGAAGACUAGAAGGCUACGAAAGGAAACCGGGAAUCAGGACUUAGUGUCCAAGCUGGACUCAGGUCUCACCCGGAGGGAUCACUUACAAAGAGCGCUCUUGUUGCCUCUUCGCAUGUUAUUCUUGUCGCCGAUCGUCCUCAUCUUCUCAACAUACAUGGCUAUGGUAUACGGCUAUCUAUACCUCAUGUUCACCACCCUCACUGAAGUUUUCGAGCGCGUCUAUGGUUUCUCAACUGGCACUGUGGGCCUCGUCUAUUUGGGGCUUGGUUGUGGAAUGUUGAUUGGUCUCUUCAUUUUUGGUGCCGUCUCAAAAAUCUCAGCAAAGAAACUGGCUGGAGCUGGCGACAUCACUCCGGAGUCUCGCCUGCCCCUGAUGAUUCCAGGAGCUUUGUGUGUUCCGAUUGGGUUGUUCAUUUACGGCUGGACUGUUCAGUAUCAUGUCUUUUGGUUCGUGCCAAUUUUUGGGAGCGCUCUUGUCGGCAUCGGCUUGAUAUCUACUUUCUUGCCAAUUUCAACGUACUUGGUGGAUACAUUCACCAUCUACUCUGCUUCUGCACUGGCAGCGAACACUGUGUUACGUUCUUUAGUCGGAGCUUUGCUGCCUCUUGCGGGCCCGCCUAUGUAUGCAAAGCUAGGAUUCGGAUGGGGAAACUCCUUACUGGCGUUUAUUGCGCUGGCCAUGUGUCCUUUGCCGUUCUUGUUCUGGAAAUACGGGGCGUGGAUUCGGACUAAUCCGAGAUUUCAAGUAACACUAUAA